AAAAUGGGUUUCUCAAAUAUCUGGUAUUCUCAUCCUCGUAAAUAUGGACAAAGAUCCAAAUCGUGUCGGGCUUGUUCCAACAGACAUGGGGUUAUCAUGAAAUACGGUUUAAACUUAUGCAGACAACGUUUUAGGGAAUACGCCAACGACAUAGGAUUCAAAAAGCUGGAUUAA